CUGUCACGAUGGGUGGUUUUCUUGAAAGUUUCGGUCGAUGGGAACCGAGGUACGAUCGGGGCCUGAGGAUUCCUUUCGGUCUCCCCAUCAGCACCAUGGGUCUGGUCUGCCGUCCGCUGCCCAGCAGGUGUCGAAACUUCCUGAGUUGCGGGCAGUUUUGUAGGAUGUGAGUCCGUGUCUGGACCGCUGCGCCGCACUGGCAUUAUUGGCUCUCUGUAUGAAUGCCGAAGCGCUGGUAGUAUUCCCCAAUGUGCGCGAAGUGAUUAGGAGUCGAAGGUAUAUACGGAUCGGGCUGACACCACGGCAAAUACCGGGAAGCAACCUAGUCACCAGACCCAGACAUAACAGUUUCUACCCUCGUCAUUGCUUCAUGGCAAUGUACUUAUGGGAGCCACACAUGAACCCAACAUCCCACGGCCCAACCCAGGCUGAAGGAGAACGUUCAACGCGCAGCCGAACGCCGGCACGACAGGAGUCGGAAUGCCCAGCAGGGAGGGUCACUCUCAUAUAUGUCCGCCUCACAAUAAGAGCCAACGUCCAGCCAAAGGCCUUGCCUUCCCCUUUCUGGCUGAUAUUUCAUGUUGUCUCUUUGGCCGGGGCUAAUCCAGGGGUUCCGCUACUAUACGAUAUGGGACUUGGACUUUUCUCUGAAUUCUUUAGGAUAGUGUGCGCCUCGGGCCCGCGCCGUUCGAGUGUCCAUAUUCAGCCCACCACUCCCACAUUUCCGAAUGUCUCUGAUCCCUUCAAUAUGCUUGGGCACCAAUUUUCUAUUCCGGCCAGUGAAAGUUUGGCUGAGGCAUCGACCUCAAUUUUAGGGCGGAUAACCUAUAUUACUCGUCCCGCAAUCGAAGGCAGCUUGCUGUUCGGGAGCCUCAGUUGAUUUUUUGAACCUGUGUCGUUCCGAAUGGGAAUCAACUGCCUCCAGAUUCGUUUUGGAGGCGUUCUUCGUGUGUUGGCUCAUUCUAUCUGGGAAUAGGUUCCUUUCGAAGCAAAAUUGUAUUGGGCUAACUCCCACCCCAACGACAACUCAAUCAAGCCGACGUCAACCAGUCACAGGGCGAAUCAAACCAAGCAUCAUAUUGUACAUUGACUGUUACUUGCUUAUUGGAGCUAGAAAUGGGACUGCGGUCUUGC